AUGUACUGCGACAACGCGACGAACUUUGUGGGAGCAGAGAGGAAGCUGAGGGAGCUCCGGGAAGCCUUUCUGGCACAGAAAGAGGAAAUUCUCCAAUACGCCGCCGACGAAGGAUUCAUCUUCGCCUUCAUAUCUCCGAGGGCACCCCACUUCGGCGGCCUGUGGGUAGCAGCAGUGAAUUCGGCCAAACAUCUGCUGAUGCGCGCCGUAGGCAACGCGCUGUUAACCGCCGAAGAAACCGCAACGCUUCUCGUCGAAGUAGAAGCGGUACUGAACUCCCGACCGCUCGCUCCACUCAGCAACGACCCCAACGACGGCAAGGCGUUAACGCCGGCGCAUCUGCUUAUCGGUUGCCCCUUGCGAGCUUUGCCACCGGAGAAGAUGGAAUUGCCAUAUAAACGAACUGGCUACUGCACUGUCAAAAAGACUGGACAAUCAAAUGCCUCGCUAGCACAAAAUUCAACACUAACAUUCAUACACUACUCAACAAAACUAGAGCAAUCAUAA